AUGGAGUGCUCAAAAGGGCAUAAUGUAAACUGGCAGUCCCAACCACUUGUUGCUGGUCUACCUGCCGGAAAUCUUAUAACCGCAGCAGGGAUUCUGUUGUCAGGAGGAACAUUCAGCAAAUUCGGCCACUUUGCUCAAAUCAUAAAAUUGCAAUUCAUCUCGGAAUCAUCAUUUUAUCGAUUGCAAGAUGAAUACCUGUGUCCUGUGGUUAAUGAAACGUGGAAAAGUCACCAGGAAUCUAUACUAGAAAACUUCAAAGACAACCCUUUACACCUACUGGGAGAUGGACGAUGUGACAGCCCUGGAUAUUCCGCUAAAUAUUGUACAUAUACUCUAGUGGAGCAAGAUACAGGGCUUAUUGUUGAUUUUCAGUUGGUGAAGGUCAGCGAAGUUUCCAAUUCUGUUGGGAUGGAAAAAGAGGGGUUUCUACGAUCAGUCAAUGAGCUAGUAACUAAAGGAUUAACUGUGGCUCAAAUUGCUACUGAUAGACACCUGCAGAUAACGUCUGUCAUGAAAAAGCAGUUCCCUGAUAUAGAUCAUCAGUAUGAUGUUUGGCACGUUUCAAAAAGUGUUAUCAAAAAGUUAACCCAACUGGGUAAGGCAAAGGGCUGUAGUAACCUUCUUCCAUGGAUAAGAUCUGUGGCAAAUCACUUGUGGUGGUCAUCAAAAUCAUGUAAUAGACAGGCUGAAAAUCUAAGAGAGAAAUGGAAUCAAUGUCCAUUCAUGGGAGAAUGCUACAUCUUUUGGCAAGUGUGA